UGUAAACCCACCCAGAACCUCCACCUCCGACACCAUGGUCAGCUCCUGUUGUGGCUCUGUCUGCUCUGAGCAGGGCUGUGGCCAAGGCUGCUGCCAGCCUAGCUGCUGCCAGACCACCUGCUGCAGGCCCACCUGCUGCAGGCCCAGCUGCUGUGUGUCCAGCUGCUGCAGGCCCCAGUGCUGCCAGUCUGUGUGCUGCCAGCCCACCUGCUGCCGCCCCAGCUGCUGUGUGUCCAGCUGCUGCAGGCCCCAGUGCUGCCAGUCUAUGUGCUGCCAGCCCACUUGCUGCCACCCCACCUGCUGCAGGCCAAGCUGCUGUGUGUCCAGCUGCUGCAGACCCAGCUGCUGCAGGCCCCAGUGCUGCCAGUCUGUGUGCUGCCAGCCCACCUGCUGCCGCCCCAGCUGCUGCAUCUCCAGCUGCUGUCAACCCUCUUGUGGUGGUUCUAGCUGCUGUGGCUCCAACUGCUGUCAGCCCACCUGCUGCCGCCCCUGCUGCCGCCCCUGCUGCUGUUUGAGACCAGUCUGUGGUCAGGUCGGCUGCCAAACCACUUGCUACCGCCCCACCUGUGUCAUCUCCACCUGCCCCCGCCCCAUGUGCUGUGCCACCCCCUGCUGCUGAGCCUCCAUCCCUUGAUCCAGCAUCUGUUUCACCUCUGCCCUCAUAGCUAACCACAAGGGCAUACAGAAUGGGUUCAAUAUUCAUUUGUUUAGUUAC